AUGAAUCAUGUUUAUAAAUACGAUCGCAAAUUCCAACAAAUCGGACUUCCUGCAAAAUUAAUUACAAGCUUAGCCGCUACAUCUGCUGACGCAACAGUUGAAGACGUUAUUAUUUCAUGCACAAAGAUGGAAGUUUUAGAGGAUAAAUGCAUUACACCAGGAUACGGUUUAAUUGAAGAAUCAGUUAAAGCAAUACCACGUUUAUUCAGUAAGGAAGAUCCAUUCAUGAUUCCAGCUCAACAUAUUGACGUUCGUUCACUAAAUGGAGGUUGCAUCACUCCUGA